AUGGCUUCUAAAUCGAGAACUACGAUUUUUGACGAAAUGUUAACUUAUAUAAGUGAACCAGUUUUUCAAGUUCCUGUGAAUUCUUUCAUGGAUGAACAUUGUUUAAUUUUUGACAUUGACUUGGAGCCAGUGAUGGAACAUUACAAAAUUUAUGAGUCUUACAGAAAAAUGGUUGACAAAUUAUUAGAAGCAUUUUGCGAAGAUGCAAACAUUUCUCAAGAUGAAGUCAUCUUAGGUAUUUCUAAACUGAAUAAAAUACCAGACCUACAUGAUUUAUUUUAUGUUUAUUUUGAACAAGUGCUGUCAGCAAACGAUUUCAAACUGUUCUAUCCACUAAUGGCCAAACGCAAUAUUCUCAUCCAAGAACAAGUGCUGGCUAUGAUUCUGGCUGCCACAGGAAUUUUACCGGAUUCAUUGACAAAAGGACCAUGCCAUUUUCAUAUUGAACCUAAAAGAAAAAGUGGAGCCAAAGCUGAUGAGAGAUUGACCCACAGUGGUGUAAACACAAAAGCAGUUAAUAAUGAAGAUGGUGAUAAAAUGGAGAGGGAAAUUAUGCAUGAUGUGUUGAGAAAGUCUCAAACUCAAAAAAUUGUUGAAGAGGAAAGUUGUGAAGAAUAUUUUGAUUCAAAAUCCAUUGAAGCUGUUGAAAGAGAAGUGAAAUCACUUGCAAAGGAAAGGAAACAAUUGGAGGAGCGAAUGAAAUUGAUGUUCUUAAAUUCAAAGCCUGAUGACACUGAAGAUGCAAUCGGACGAAAGCCUAAGCUCUCUAAUGAAUUGUUGACAGCCAGUGAACAGGAACCGUCCAUUGAUAUUUCCAAAUUAAACAUUCUGACAAGUUCAUCUAAAUUGAGUCCCGAAGAGAUAGCCAAUCGCCAGAAUUUUUUGCGCCAACAGAGAGACAAGCUGCUGUCUAUGAAAAAGGAAGCCAGGGAGAAGCAAUUGAGAAGAGCGGAUGAAGAUGAGAAAUCUAAGAACCGACCUGUGUCAUCAAGGACGGCUCGUCUGCUCAUGAAGCACAAUGGACAAGGUGACUCGGGUGAUGAUCGUUCUGCCAAAAAAGAGGAGGAGAAGAAGUUGGCAUUGAGGAGAGCCAUCGCAGAGAAGUUGCGCCAGGAGGAGAAGAAAGGAUUGAACAUAAUAGAGUUGAACAUAUGUGCAAACAAUUUUAUUUUUAUAUUUGUUAUAUAA